AGGCGAUGUUGACGUUGCCGUUCGGGUCUUUCUAGUUGCACGAGGACGCCAUCAGCUUGCUGUCUUUGCUUUUUUUCAUAAUUGGACUUUUUAAGUAGGUGAAUUUUCACCAUGGAUUCGACGACAAACGAAGCAAUGGAAGCUGGCGUGGCGGAGAAGCAGGAUGACAGUGACAGUUUUAUAAAAGUCAAGUCUAAAAAGAGCCGUAAGAGGAAACUGGAGCAAUCUGAUAUGGACACUGGAGGACCUGUAGCAAGCAAGAGGCCACAGUUUCCGCCUAUUUCUGUCGACAAAUUAAGGGGGGCGGAUCAGAUGCGUAAAGUAUCCGUCCCGGCACAUCGUUACACGCCGCUGAAGGAGAACUGGCUGAAGAUCUACACUCCCAUUGUGGAGAACCUGCAGCUUCAAAUCAGAUUCAACCUCAAAACGCGUAAUGUGGAGAUUAAAACUUGCAAAGAGACACAAGACAUCGCCUCCCUCACCAAAGCAGCAGAUUUCGUGAAAGCCUUCAUUCUGGGCUUCCAGGUUGAAGACGCGUUGGCCCUGGUCAGACUGGAUGAACUCUUUCUCGAAUCCUUUGACAUCACAGAUGUGAAGCAGCUGAAGGGCGACCACUUGUCCAGAGCCAUCGGCAGGAUCGCAGGCAAAGGAGGAAAAACCAAAUUCACCAUCGAGAACGUCACAAAGACUCGCAUUGUGCUGGCCGAAACAAAAGUGCACAUAUUGGGCUCCUUUCAAAACAUUAGGAUGGCCCGGACAGCCAUAUGCAACCUCAUCUUGGGAAGUCCACCUUCGAAAGUCUAUGGAAACAUCCGAGUGGUCGCCAGCAGAGCUGCGGAAAGAUUCUAAACCGGUCGACAUGUUUAUUAAUUUUUGGCGAUUGGGGUGAUGGAGGUCAAUACGGACUUGGUUACCAUGGACUUGACGUCAGAUGAGGAAUUUGACGCGUGUGAUGAAUAUUUCUGUGUGAUGUUUGUGUAUAUAUAAAAAGGACAAACCAACAGUGGAGUCCAUUUUGUCAGUCAGUUGGCCAUCUUGUGUUGAACUAAAGUUCAAUAAUCAGCAUUUUCUCCAAAUAAAAUUUUAUAAACAAGUAAUUAUUUUUUUUAAUCUAAAAAAAAUCUAAUUUAAAUCACCAAGCUUUAGUUCCACAUUUUCAAUUUGACAAUUACAAAAGGAAAUUUUACAAUUUCAAUGUUCAUUUAAAUCUUUUUAAUUACACUAAUAAAGUUUUGAUUAAAAUUUUUUAAAUGUAACCAAGUCAAGCUUUACUUUAAAAAUUUUAUUCAACUUUGCGAAACAAACAGGAAAAUCCAUUAUCAGUUAAGUUUAUUUAAAUGGUAUUUCAUGUUCAUAUAGUAUCAAGUUUCCAACAGUCCCACAGCGUAAAUUGCAGCAUGCAGAAAAACAGAACCAAAAAAAAUCAAAAAUACAUAAUAUAUAUUUGAUAUCCCCCACACACAAAAAGAAACUCAGAAAAAACACUUCCAAACUAAAGCAUGAAGCUGUCAACUAUACAGAGACAGGAAUGCGUUUCACAAAUAUUUAUGUACAAAACAUUAAAAAAGCUUGUAUGUGGCAGUUAAUAUUAUGACACGUGUUGUACUGCAGUUCAGUUCAUAUGGAAACCAAUCAUUUGGCAACAUCUAUAUUGUGUAUCGUGUUAUUAAAUAGUGUGUAUUCACAUCAGCGUCCAUGUGUGUAAACAAGAUUCGUUCCAAACGUGUUCAUCUUCAUGCACACAAAAACAAAACUCCACAUCAUGCAGGCUCCAGUUUUCGCAUUCAGUUCAAAGCAGUGUCCCAGUUCCAGUUUUGUUCUUGUAAUUCAUUGAAAAAUAUUUGUUUCUGUUCCAGGCCCACAUCGGGACCAAAAAUAAAUAAAUGCUCGUAAGUUGUUUUGUUUGCUCCCCCUCAUAAUUAUUUUGAAAAGGCAUUUUCCGGGAACAGGGAAAUACUUUUGUUACAUGCCCAUCUAGCAACAAAAAAAACAUCUUAAAAUGCAAAUUGUCUGACAGAUAUUCAAAUUUGUUUUUUUCAUUAUUUUGAAGACAAUUUUCCCAAAAAUUGUGAAAUCAAUUUUUCAUUUCAUGCCCAUCCAGUUAUAGCCCAAAUGCCCUAAAAAUGUGUAAUUUACGCUGCUUUUUUUCCCCUCUCUCUCUCUCUCAAUUUUUGAAGGAACUGAGCAAUACUUUUUUUCUUCUUCCAGGCUCACCCUUGCAACAACAAAAACACCCUAAUAAGAUUACCUGACGGAUGAUGUUUGUUUUCAAAAUAUAGUUUCCGAAAAACAGCCAAAUACAUAUCUCAUUUCAGGCUCGCUUAUCCACAACAAAAACACCCUUGAUGGAAGAUUAAUUGAGCAAUAAAUUGUGAAAAGACAUUUAUCAGAGACAUUGAAAUAUGCUUCUCAUUCUAGGCCCGUCUGAUGACCACCAAAGCACUCAAAAAUUAAAAUUAUCUCACUGAUUCUUAAGCUUUUUUUCCUUUAUUUAUUUUUGAAAAGAUAUUUUUCAGAAAUCGCAAAAUACGUUUCUCGUUCCGGACCCGUCUAGUGACAACAGAAAGCGUACAGAAGCCUUUUGUUUUUUAACUGUUGAAAAUACAUUUUGGGUAAUGUGUGUGUGUGUGUGUGUGUGUCUGGAUAUGUUUGCUUGGCACUUCAUACCCGAGCAGCUAAAUGCACUGUUAAGUCAAGUGUGGAUGAAUGUAUACGUACUUUA